AUGCUCAGCCAAAUGACCGGCGCUGCCUCCAAACGACUCAAAACGGCCCCCAUCACUAUCGGAACCCACAAUGGCUGUUUCCAUGCCGAUGAAGCCUUAGCCGUCUAUAUGCUCAGGCUCCUACCUGCUUAUCGGAACUCACAGCUGGUGCGAACGCGUGAUUCUGAACUUCUUGAUACAUGUCACACUGUAGUCGACGUGGGCGGUCAAUACGAUGCCACUAUCCAUCGUUUCGACCAUCACCAGCGAACUUUCACCACGACUUUUCCCAAUCGUAUGACUAAACUUUCGUCUGCUGGCCUUGUUUACAUGCAUCAUGGUAAGGCCAUUAUUGCUCAAAACCUAGGCGUUGGCGAAGAUACUGCCGAAGUAUUAACCAUCUGGGAGAAAAUCUAUGAAAAUUUUAUCGAAGCAGUAGACGCACAUGACAAUGGAAUCUCGGAGUUUGACCCGGCUGAAAUUUCUGCCGCUGGAAUUAAGAAGAGAUAUAGGAGCGAUAACUUUACAUUAGGAGCUAUGGUAGGGCGACUAAAUCCUAGGUGGAACGAUGUCGUGCCUGAGGAUCCAGUCGAAGCUCAAAAGAUGGAGGAUGAGAGGUUUUGUCUAGCGAGCGAGAAAAUAGGAGAAGAGUUUCUACGAGGUCUUGAUUAUUUCACCAAGUCCUGGCUUCCGGCUCGAGAGAUUGUACAUGAAGCUUACAGGAAACGUCUCGAGUGUGACCCCCAAGGAAGAGUCAUCAUCUUUCACGGAAACUCACCUCCAUGGAAGGACCAUUUAUACACCUUAGAACAAGGAGAGAAUGCCGCCAAUCCCAAGGUCUUGUACGUGCUGUACCCGGAAAAUACAACCGUCAAUUCUCGUUGGAGGAUUCAGUGUGUACCUGAGGCGGAGGGUUCGUUUCAGAGUAGGAAGCCCCUUCCAGAAGCCUGGAGAGGAAUGAGAGAUGAGAAGCUAGAUGAGAUCACUGGCAUUGACGGUGGGAUUUUCGUGCACGCUGCUGGGUUUAUUGGUGGAAACAAGACAAUCGAGGGCGCUAAAGCAAUGACAAUGAAAGCUUUAGAAAUGUGUUAA